CGUUACAAUCUUCAGCUCAACCAAUCUGCACACUCUUUCCCCUCACCACCUUAAUUUUCCAAUGAAGAUCACCGUAAAAGAAUCAACGCUAGUGCCUCCGGCAGUGGAGACGCCGCGGCGGAGGCUCUGGAAUGCUAACGUGGACCUCGUGGUGCCGAAUUUUCACACGCCUAGCGUGUAUUUUUACAGGCCAAAUGGUGGUGACAACUUUUUUGAUACAAAAGUACUCAAGGAUGCAUUGAGUAGAGCUUUGGUUCCUUUUUAUCCGAUGGCUGGACGAUUAAAAAGAGACGAUGAUGGCCGCGUCGAGAUUGAUUGUAACGGAGAAGGUGUGCUGUUUGUGGAAGCUGAGUCUGAUGGAGUGGUGGAUGAUUUUGGUGAUUUUGCACCAACUUUGGAGCUUCGGCAACUUAUUCCAGCUGUUGAUUAUUCACUUGGGAUAUCGUCCUACUCGUUAUUGGUUUUGCAGAUCACAUUUUUCAAAUGUGGUGGAGUGUCACUCGGUGUUGGUAUGCAGCACCAUGCUGCAGAUGGAGCCUCGGGGCUCCAUUUCAUCAACACAUGGUCUGAUAUGGCUCGCGGUCUUGACCUCACCCUCGCACCAUUCAUAGACCGCACCCUCCUCCGAGCCCGUGAGCCACCACAACCUGCAUUUCCUCAUAUUGAGUACCAAGCCCCUCCUUCCAUGAAACUGAAUCCUGAUCCCAAGGAAAGUACUCCUGAAACAUCCGUCUCAAUCUUCAAAUUAACGCGAGCCCAACUCAAUGCCCUCAAAGCCAAGGCCAAGGAAGAUGGCAACACCGUGGCAUACAGCUCGUAUGAAAUGCUGGCAGGACACGUGUGGAGGUCCGUGUGCAAAGCCCGUGGACUUGCUGAUGAUCAAGAAAGCAAGCUGUACAUCGCGACUGAUGGAAGGUUCAGGUUACUUCCUCCUCUCCCAGCAGGCUACUUUGGCAAUGUAAUUUUCACUGCCACGCCUAUAGCUGCAGCGGGUGAUCUCAUGUCAAAGCCAUUGUGGUUCGGUGCUAGUAGAAUUCACAAUGCCUUGGCACGCAUGGACAAUGAUUAUCUAAGGUCAGCUCUAGAUUACCUGGAAUUGCAGCCUGAUCUUAAAGCACUUGUCCGCGGAGCACAUACUUUUAAGUGCCCAAACCUCGGAAUCACUAGUUGGGGUAGAUUGCCAAUACAUGAUGCUGAUUUUGGAUGGGGAAGGCCGAUAUUUAUGGGACCUGGUGGAAUUGCUUAUGAAGGCUUAAGUUUCGUGUUGCCAAGUCCUUGUAAUGAUGGGAGCUUAUCGGUGGCCAUUUCUUUGCAAGCAGAACACAUGAAGCUCUUCAGCAAAUUGUUAUAUGACAUCUAAAAAAACAUCCAUCAUAUCAUACAUGACAAACUUGCGGUUAUAGUCUAUAUAAUGUUCUUUUACUA